AUUUCUUCAAUCCAGAGCGAUAAUACCUGAUAGUGCUGGAUUCAACGCGUAAUUCAAAAGAGGCGGCGGAGACUGGCUGCUGGCUGGCUAGUCUUUAAAAAAUUUGCUACUUUUUAUGAUCCUCUGUAUAAUUCGAACCAGAAAGUUCAUCAUUCACUUUAGAGUUUAGGCUUUAGCGUUUAAGAGAACUCAACAAAAAUCAUAAUUCUUAUUAUCGAAUCCAGUGAAAUAUGGAGCCUUUGAUGGAGAACGAAGAGUACAACUGGAGGGAAGUGGUGCUUCCGUCGCUGAUUCCGGUGGUUCCGCCGCCUGAACUGGACAGGGAGACCGGAGAGCGGCGAAGAGGCCGCGACAUUAUCAUUGCAAUCGAUCACGGCCCCAACAGCAAGCACGCUUUUAAUUGGGCCGUCACUCAUCUCUGCCGUCUCGCCGAUACCAUCCAUCUCGUCACCGCCGUCUCCAACGUGAGAAAUCAGAUUGUGUACGAGAUGACACAAGGACUUAUGGAGAAGCUUUCUGUUGAAGCUUUUGAGGUUGCCAUGGUAAAGACAAAGGCUAGGAUUGUGGAAGGAGAUGCUGGUAAGGCAAUAUGCAAGGAAGCAGACAGGUUGAAGCCUGCAGCUGUGGUCAUGGGUACAAGGGGCAGAAGCUUAAUCCAAAGUGUUUUGCAAGGAAGUGUAAGUGAGUAUGUCUUCCACAAUUGUAAAGCAGCCCCUGUAAUUAUAGUGCCCGGAAAAGAUGCUGGUGAUGAAUCUGUGCUCUAGUGGAACUCCUGAUUCCCAAAUGAUGAUUGACUUCAUUUUACGUGUGAUGAGUGAUCGUGGUCAUGUAUGUAGUAGCCGCAGCUGUUUUAUUUAGGUUCCUUCCCAAGUAUUGUUGAUUGAUAUAGGAAGAUUUAUGUAAUUCAUUAAUGUUGUAUGUAUGUAUUUAAGACGGGUUGUUAAAAUCACUGAACUUGUUGACAGUGCAAUUUUAUCUUAUGAUUAUGAUUGAUUAAUACCUGAUUGG